AAUUGUGGCGAUGUCCUCACCAAAAAGAAACUCGACCCCCACCGCGGCCAAUGCCGCGGCGCGUCCUUCACAUGUAUCGACUGUAUGGUGCACUUCCAUGGCACCGAGUAUCGCUCGCACACGUCCUGCAUGAGCGAGGCGCAAAAGUAUCAAGGCGCUCUCUACAAAGAGAAGCCGGGAAAGAACAACAAAAAGGGCCAGCAGAACAACAAGCCCGAGUCGAGGACGCGUCUGAAUCGGAUCAUGUCAGGACAAACGCCCCCCCCUCCGCCGGCUCCUACGCCCCCUCCAACUGGCGCGGUCAAGGCACCGGCCAACGGCGGACUGCCCGUCAACGUGUUCGACUACUUGGUCACCGACGAGACCCCGAACGCGUCGCGGGUCACUCUCCCCGGAUCCAAGGAGCAAAUGACCAUGGUGGCACGAGCGCCGUCACUGUUUCAGCCGAGCAAGGCGCUUGCCCAGGUAGAGGCCAACAAGACGGACGACGAAGGCCAUAACUACGAUGUCGCAUACGAAGAAAACGGCUUUUCCUACGGCACCGGCCCCAUCCCCCCGUCCAUGUACCCGGAUCAAAUCCCCAAUGUCUCCACGGAAUUCGUGACUCCUGCUCCCAAGAAGAAGAAGCUCAAGGAACGUCGGCGCGAGAGUCUUCAGGCGCCCGGUACUGCUAGUGAGAAGAAGCGCAAGCGCGGCCAAGGGGAGGAGCUCAGCAGCCCCCACCUCGAACUUGAUACGCCCAUGCUGGAUGCGCCGUCGAGUGUGCUCAACAAUGUGGGCACGCCCAUCGAACUCAACCACUCCGGACUAACCGGCGGGCUGAACCGCAUGAUGCGCUCCCCGUCGCUGGAGGCACACCAGGGUCAUGAGAACGGGCGCCGAUCAUACCAAGACGCCUCGUCGCCUAUCAAGCGCACCCGUCGCAACGGCAAGGAGAGCAAGGAACCCAAAGGGACCAAGGACACCAACGGCGACGGUCUCGGCAUCUCCAUCAAGAACCGCGCGGAACGAUUCGUCUCGUCCAUGUUCGGCGGGUCUGCCGUCUCGGGCAGCAGCAACGGCGGCACCGAAGUGACCUCCAAAGCGCUGGUGCGUACCCGGCGCGGCAGCUCCUCCAGCGGCGACGACCGAGCGCUAGAGGUCCGCCAACCCAGAAAGUCGUCGCACCGCGACGCCGCCGAGAACCGCAAGUCGAAGCGCAAGAGCAGCAACCCCACCGACGACGGCGACCGCCCGUCUCGCCGUCAGAAGCAGAUCGACGAACGCCGCGGCUCGGACCGCUCACACUCGCACUCGCCCCGCCGCAACCACGAUCGCCAGGUCACCGUCUAUAAACACGCUAAGGACGCAGCAGGCGAUGUCGCCCUGCAGCGCGAGAUGGCGCACCACUUCCUGUCUCUUGUUAGCAGGGACUCGGAGCGGGGUUGCUCCAUUCACAAAGCUCUCAAACGCUUCCAUCGCGACCUGUCGGACGAGCAUGAUGCAGACCGUGGACGCGACCAGGGUCGCAGUCGGGCGGACCGCGAGCGGAGAAUUGAAGAUGAGAAGGAUUUGUGGCGCGCCUUGCGGCUGCGGCGCAACGAUCGUGGGGAGAUUGUUGUCUCUGUAUGA